GGGGGGGGAAGCCGGCGCCAUGCCGGGGCUGGUGGUGUUCGGGCGGCGCUGGGCCCUGGCGAGCGACGACCUGGUCUUCCCCGGAGCCUUCGAGCUGCUGAUCAGGGUCGGGUGGUGGAUUGGGAUCCUAGUUUUCUACUUCACUUAUAAAGAGCAGUUUGAAUGUAAAGGAGGAGAGCAACUCCGCAACUAUCUUCUUGUCUUAAUGGUGCUUCUGGCUGGGAUCAUCCUCAAUUCAUGUAUAAUUGUUGGUGUUAGUAUGCAAGGUACUAUCACUAACCCAGGCCCAAGGCGGGCGAUCCCCACACUGAUUUAUAUUCGUGCCAUUCUCUACUUGCCUGAGGUCAUUUGGGGAAUUCUGGGUAUCAUCUGGGUUAGUGAUGAAAGCUUGGACUGUUCAUCUACUUUGAUUGUUGGUGUUAUCCUAGCCAUCGUUGUCAGCUGGAUUAUCUUAUUUUUCACCCUGGUUGCUGUGUUGGUCGUCUUCGAUCCUCUGGGCAAACCAAAGAAAUUCGAAUACUAUCUGAACCACAACUUGGAGAGCAGUGAGUCGGAUCAGUUGCUGUACAAGGCCAGGACGGUGGCUGCCCGGGUCUGGGAGCACAGGCUGAAGCUGUUGUGCUGUUGUAUUAUGCAGGAUGACGAGGUCCGAACUGCCUUUUCCAGCCUGGGGGAACUCUUCGGUGGAUUUUUUAUGGACACAGACCUGGUGCCCAGUGACAUAGCAGCUGGGUUGUCACUUCUUCACCAAGAGCAGGACAAGAUAGAACAAACCCGGGAGCCUGAGGUGGUCUGUCAUAACCCGGCAGUGGCUACAGUGCCUGAGGAGCUGGAUAUGGAGUUGGACAACGCAGCUCACUAUAUGCUGUUUGCGGUGGCAGCCUAUGGCUGGCCCAUCUACGUCUUUACUAACCCGUUAACUGGAUUCUGUAACCUCAGCCGUGAUUGUCGUUGUUGCAUAAGCCCAGCAGCCGAGUCUGACAUCGUCGGUGGUGAUCACCUUGGCUGCCAUUUGACGUCCAUGAUUAAAAUCACAGGGUUACAGUACCGGGACUUCAUUCAUAUAAGCUUUCACAACAAGAUUUAUGAAAUUCCAUUCUAUGUGGCCCUGGAUCAUAAAACUGAGGCUGUGCUGGUGGCUGUUCGAGGAACUCUUUCGCUUCGGGAUGUUUUGACGGACUUAUCCACAGAAUGUGAAAAUUUGAACAUAGAUGGUAUGUCAGAAGGAUGCUUUGCACAUAAGGGGAUUUUACACGCAGCCAGUUAUAUCUACAGGAAACUGGUUACUGAUGGAAUUCUCAGCCAAGCCUUUGUUAUCGCUCCUGAGUAUAAACUUGUUGUAACUGGACACAGCCUGGGGGCAGGCGCUGCCACAAUCCUUGCUAUAAUGCUUCACAAAUCUUAUCCAGGGCUCAAAUGCUACGCAUUCUCUCCACCAGGAGGGUUACUGAGCAAGACUUUGGCUGAUUACACCAAAGAUUUUAUCAUAUCGGUGAUUGUGGGAAAGGAUUUUGUCCCAAGGCUAAGCCUUUGCAACAUGGAAGAUUUGAAAAGAAGAAUACUAAGAAUAGUUGCCAAUUGCAAUAGGCCUAAGUAUCAGAUUCUCCUGAGAGGAUGUUGGUAUGAAAUAUUCGGUGGAGAUCCAGACAACUUCCCCACUGAAAUGGAGAGUAGGAGGCAGGAGACACUGACUCGCCCCCUUCUUGCAGACCAUAGUCUCAUGGGCCACCGUUCCUCCUCCUACAACAGCCUUCUUGAUGGCUCGCCUCCAAUUUCGCCAUCCAAAAACUAUCCUCUCUUCCUUCCGGGAAAGAUCAUUCAUAUCCAGGAGGAUUACAAUGUAGGAAGCUUCUGCCGCCCUGAAAUAAGGUACCGUGCAGUGUGGUCAGAGUCCUCAGCCUUCAACAGUAUUCUCAUCAGCCCCAAGAUUAUAAGUGAUCACAUGCCAGAUAUUGUACUUAAAGCCCUGACCAGCCUGACUCGAGAAGAACCAUUUAUCCUUUGUGCACCAGGUGGUGGAUCCACGGUCUAGUUCUCAAUGUUUGCUUUAUCAUUGAAUCUGGAGACAACCAGCGCAUUGACGAGCAAAUUGUCUGUUCACCAUUCUGUUUCACUAACUGUCCUGAGAAAGGGUUGAAAUGCACAAAUUGUACUAUUCGUACAUGUUCAGUCUACGGUAAUCUAUCUUUUGAUGUCUGUUUGGUUAACUGCUCUCCGCACCAUGUAUUUAUAUUCUGCUGCAGUUUGGAAGAGAACAAUUUUGUUAUAUAACUGCAUUUUUCAUAUUAUUGGGACUGGGAUACUUUGUAUUCCUUCUUGAAAUGUUGCAUAAAUAGUGGGUGAAUUUCAUUUAAAGGCCUUCCCUCAUUCAUGGAGUCCUGAAUGCAUUUUUUUUGGUCAAAACUAAAAAAAAAACUAAGAAGUAAAACUAUUUGUUUUAGUUUUAAUGGAUUUGAUUGUAUAACAUUUGUAAAUAUAAUGUAAGUUUGACUGAAAUAUAGAUAUUAGUAAGAACUGUUGCACUGGUUAUUAAUAGCUGAUUUAUACCUAUAUAUAUAUUGCAAUUUUUUUGGUAUUCAUUUUUCAUCCUGCUUUGACUGGGGCAUCAGCAUCAGCCUGGAUAACCUAACCUCGUCUGCAGUGCUGGUCCUGAGAGAUUCCAUCUCUCCCUUAUAGAUCUGCUCUUGCCAAGGGAAAUCUCAGUGCAAAAGAAUGUAACACAAGGGACGAUUUGAAAGGUUCAAAUCAGUGCAUCAAAACAAUAUGCAAGCGGGCAGUUUGUUAUAUUAUACUUCGGUGUACAGAAAUAAAAUUGGCUAAAAAACCCCACUAA